AAAAUGGACAAUGAACAGGCGACUUUUUGGCUCGAUCAGUUCAUCGGAAAGAACCUGCGUAUACAUGCAUCCGACGGUCGCGUCUUUGGCGGCCAGAUGAAGUGCACGGAUAAGGACCGUAACAUCAUUCUUGCUCUUGCACACGAGUAUCGUGCACCGUCAGCUGAGACGAUUCGCAAGGCAGUGGAAGAGUCUGGGAAUCCGUCUGCGCCGGUAGCGUGGAAUAGUCGCUAUGUUGGAUUGAUUGUUGUACCGGGGCAACACAUUACUAAAAUCGAGUACGAAGAGAGUACCUUUCCGGGACAAAAGAGUACUGUUACCCUAUGAGCUGGACUACAGUCCCUGAAGUUCAACUGCGUGUGCGAGACACAUUCCGAAAUGCCGGCGGAACGCAUGUUCGAUGUGCGCUGUGCUCGUAACGCUGAUUGGCGUCGAGAGCACGUUUGGCAUGUGAAUGUGAAGCAAGCAUAGGUUGGCCGCAAUAGCAAAGGUGAACGCGACCCUGUCUGCACCAGCUGGUAGCGAGCAGUCACCCACCGAGCUAUUGUCCAAUCCCAAUAGUAGCGAUUACAACAUAAUAGCCUAGCCAUCCACCAAUAUACGAGUAACCA